AUGUCGAGAAACACAGAAAUUAAAAAUUUACGCGACGAAAUGAAAAAAUAUGCAACAGUACAAUCAGAUGACGGUAACUUUGUCGGAUUUCAAGCGGAACCAUUUUGGAGAAACCGUCCCGAACUAUGGUUCAAGAAGAUCGAAGCACAACUGUCGAAUUGUAAUAUCGACGUCGACACUAAGAAGUUCAAAUUCGUCGUGUCCCUUCUCGACGAACAGACUGCUUUACAAGUAAAGGACGUAAUCAUCGAUCCACCCGAUUUCGACAAGUAUGACUUUUUGAAAGAACAACUAAUCAAGCGUAUCACCAACAAAAACGAGGAGGAAGCAAAGAAACGGAUGAUGGCAGAACCUAUGGGUGAUCGUACACCGUCCCAGUUUUAUUGUUACCUCAACACUUUGGCGGGCUGUUACGUCCGCGACGAUUUUAUUGAAGAAGUAUGGUUUGAGUGUUUGCCGAGUAAAAUACGCGCUGUAGUCGAGUGCAUUAAAGAUUAUACAAUCGAUACACAAACGAAAAUAGCCGAUCGUGUUUAUAAAGUGUUCCUAUCAAAGCCGGUUGAAGAAACUAAUGUCCCCGUUCCAACAGAUUUAAUGGAACAUUUGGUGAAGGAAGUGGAGAAUUUGAACAAAAAGGUACAAACUCUGAAACCAAGACAACAAUUCAGGGCGCGAUCGAAGUGCCGAGAUGAACAAUGCAAUUUUCAGCCUAAAAAAACUCAAAACGGUUCGCCAAAGCAGGUAGUACAAAGUCAACCGUGUCAAUACCACACUAAAUACGGCGUGCAAUUCUGCAAAAUGCGCAAAAACUGUAACUGA